AUCAGCGCCCCGGAAUUCCGCAGGCGGGGUAUAUGUCCGAUAUCGUCCUCCGAGUAAGCCGCCUCCUCGGCCUAUCCAUCAGCAUCAUUCCUAUCCAUCAGCAUUACCAUCAUCUUUAUCAUCGACAACAUGACCACCACGCUCGAAGUCUGGGGCCGCCGCGACUCCUCCAACGUUCAGGCGGUGAUGUGGUGCAUCGCCGAGCUCAACCUCCCCUACCUGCGCCACGACAUCGGCCAACGCUUCGGCGGCAACAACACGCCUGAGUUCCUCGCCAUGAACCCGAACGGCCGCAUCCCUGUCCUCCGCGACGGCGCCAGCGAGCCCUUAUGGGAAAGCGGCGCCAUCAACCGGUACCUGGCAUCCGCUUACGGGUCCGACGAGUUCUGGCCCCAGGAUCCCCGGGCGCGCGCACAGAUCGAUAAAUGGGCCGAAUGGGCCAAGGUCACCUUCACCCCGGCCUUCUCGCUGCGUAUCUGGUGGCAGCUGGUGCGGGUGGCCCCGUCGAAGCGGGAUCCGAUCGCGAUUCGCGAGGCAGUCACCGGGCUCGAUCCCAUUCUGGAUAUCGCGGAGGCGCAGCUGACGCGGCAGAAGUUUCUGGCUGGAGAUGUGUUUACCCUUGCGGAUGUGCAGUUCGGGCAUCUGCUGUUUCGGUACUUUAGUAUUGACAUUGAGCGGAAGGAGAGGCCGGGUCUGCUGAGGUAUUAUGAGGCGCUGAAGGAGAGGCCGGCGUAUCGGGAGCACGUUAUGGUUGAUUUUGAGGCGCUUCGCGCCGUUGAUUAAUUGGGGAAUAAUAAUACUAUAUAAGAACUAAAGUAAAUAAAUCUCUAGAAAAGGGCGCUAAUAUUUUCAUAACUACUAUUCUCUAUUUGGUUACUCUGCAAGACGAAAGAUCAAUGUGAAAAUGAUCUUCGAAACUAUUCAGUUGAU